UCUCGACAUUUUGACCCAAGAUCUCUCUGCGAGCACUGUCCUAAGGUCUCCGCUGAUUGCGUCAAUAUCUAUCGCAAGGGAAUGCAGCCGCCAUAGCUGCAAACAACGGCUCCGCUGGCGAACACCGAUCCCGCGCCAGCUUAUCGUGAAUCUUUGAACCGAGUGUCUCCAUCUUCUUCGAUUACGGCACCUCAGCAGUGUAGAGAUGAUGGCAGGAAAGGCAGUGUUGCUCGCAGUGCGAGGUAUCCACGUGUAGCUGUGGUGCUUGGAGUCCAGCCACAGUGGCACGUACCCUUGCUUCUUUGCCGUGCUUUGUCGACAAUAUCUGCAUCAUGGUGGGCUUGCCAUAUCUGCGUCAGCAUCUACCGCCUCGUGUGGCUUACGAACGUUUCGGCGGUUGUUUCUGAUGACGGUGGCGAGAAAAGCCUUUGGGAGAAUGUCAUCUUCGAGCGCAUAGCCAUUGCUCAGGUUGCCCUGAGUUUUCUCUGGGCCGCUGCAGCUGCAUAUCUCGCUCAUAUGUUCGCAUCAUCGUUGAUGGCUCGCUGGCUGUUGCACUAUUCUCCAUUUGCCGUUCUCGUCCGCCUUUGCAGUCUCUCCAUUUUCCUCUCCUUUGGCUGUAUGCAGGUAUUUCGCUUCUCUGCCGCCUUGGAACCAGACCUAUCCAAGAUGAGUCGAAAUUUGCUGGCGUGGAUUACGAUCUCCGUCACCCUGAUGCUCCUCUACUUUUUCACACAGCAGGACAUUGCAGUGGAAGGGGACAGGGACGACCGCCGGAGGAGACAAGUGUUGCGAUUGAAAUGUUUAUACGUGUUAUCAGCAUGCAGCCUUCUCAGUCUUUUUGUCCUGGUAUGCCUUAUCCAGGUUAAUACGGUACCUUGGCAGGGUUGCGAUUGGGAUUCCCUUAUACCACCAAUUCUUGCACGCUGGGUCAAGACGGAACUAUAAGAAAUUUGGUCGAUUUUUCAGGCGGCUCUCUACAACAAUAUGUAUUUCACGCGCAUGGUGGGAAAAUUGUUCUCACAGCAGCGGACUUCAGACACUACCCUCGGG